ACCACACGUCAUAAUAACCAGAAUUUUAAAUUCUAGUGUUCUGGGGAAGUAUUUUGAGGGAGGAGUUUUAUCAAGGAAACUUCAUAAAUAUGUAAGCAGGCGAUAUGUCUAUAUAAAACUUCAGCCUCUCUGGGCUUAAAUCAAUUGUUGUCACAACACUCCAAAUGAUGAUGAAUCGUUCUUGGUACCUCGUCUGUCUUGUAUUUGUAAGUCUGGUGAUCGUGGUGCAUCAUGCUUCUUCUCAAGAGUCCAUCAGCAUCUCAUCCGGCAUACAACUUUUACCUUGUAUUUAUCAUGGAGUGCCGUUUGUUCACUCCGAAGUGUGGCGCGUUGACGAAUGCACAACCUGUACGUGUGAUAACAGCACUACAACAUGCGUGGUUGAAUCUUGUCAACCGGCACACUGCACUGAACACGUUAAACCGCCAGGAGAAUGCUGCUCUGUCUGUCCAUACGACGUGACAGUACGUAAAGUAGAGCCCACCAUACAAACUAAACGCAAUGUGACAACUAACGGUGACGCAACAAUAGUUCUUGCGGCAGACGUCACAUUCAAAGAUGCCAAAGACACGUCAGGAGUGAGAGGCGAAUCUCUCUGGGAGUUGUCUGCCUGGAUUGCUCCUGUAAACACUACUCACAGGAUAGGUUUCACCGAGCAAGUUCUCAAUGUUGAUCAAGCAUCGCAGUGGUACGUCAAAGGAAAUCGAAUCAUCUUCCUGGACGUCGUGUAUACCUUCGUUGCUCCGUCUUUAAACUGCGACGAGGCUAAUGUCUGUGUUGAGCUUAAACGUGGACGAAAUGCAGUAACAACCGAUGGUCGUCCUUUCAAUUUUGGCAGUGACCCAGACAGCUCUACAUCGUUGAUUGGCUGCACUUCACUAUGUGCUGGCCGUGACAUAUUUCCAUGUGUGGAUACGGAAGGAAUACAUUUGCAUGAAGAUGUCUGGCAACGAGAUCCAUGUACACACUGUACUUGUAACAACGGAACAGCAGCGUGUUCUACAAAGGAAUGCCCCGAUCCUGGUUGCAACAGGCCUGUGAGACUUAAAGGCGAAUGCUGUCUAUCCUGCCCAUAUCAUGUAAGGGUGAGGAGAGUGUCACCGUUUGUCAUGGCACAGGACCAGAUUGGAGACCAAGUCCACCUUCGAGUCUUGAUCACCUUCCAUGAAAGCCAGCACACUACAAAUGUUACAGGGAUAAACCUGUGGAAACUCAGUGCUUGGGUAGCCCUUGAUCAGACUAAGACUGGCAAAAGAUAUGACUAUAGAGAACAGAUUCUUGAUGCUACGCAGAGGUCACAGCAGUACGUGAAAGGCGAGACACCGGCGUUCGCUGUUGAUUUAGGCAUUGCGGACACUGCUGUUGUUUGUGGCACUGCCUUCUAUAUGUGUUAG